AUGAUUCUGCAGGAGAAGAAGAAACACAUAACACAGACUACACCCGAUAAACACUCGACUACACCGGAUAAACCCUCGACUACACCAGAUAAACACUCGAUUACACCUGAUAAACACUCGACUACACCUGAUAAACACUCGACUACACCUGAUAAACACUCGACUACACCCGAUAAACACUCGACUACACCUGAUAAACACUCGACUACACCUGAUAAACACUCGACUACACCUGAUAAACACUCGACUACACCCGAUAAACACUCGACUACACCGGAUAAACACUCGACUACACCAGAUAAACACUCGACUACACCCGAUAAACACUCGACUACACCCGAUAAACACUCGACUACACCUGAUAAACACUCGACUACACCUGAUAAACACUCGACUACACCCGAUAAACACUCGACUACACCCGAUAAACACUCGACUACACCGGAUAAACCCUUGACUACACCCGAUAAACACUCGACUACACCUGAUAAACACUCAACUACACCUGAUAAACACUCGACUACACCUGAUAAACACUCGACUACACCUGAUAAACACUCAACUACACCUGAUAAACACUCGACUACACCUGAUAAACACUCAACUACACCUGAUAAACACUCGACUACACCUGAUAAACACUCGACUACACCUGAUAAACACUCAACUACACCUGAUAAACACUCGACUACACCUGAUAAACACUCGACUACACCUGAUAAACACUCAACUACACCUGAUAAACACUCGACUACACCUGAUAAACACUCAACUACACCUGAUAAACACUCGACUACACCUGAUAAACACUCGACUACACCCGAUAAUCACUCGACUACACCGGAUAAACACUCAACUACACCUGAUAAACACUCGACUACACCUGAUAAACACUCGACUACACCCGAUAAACACUCGACUACACCGGAUAAACACUCGACUACACCAGAUAAACACUCGACUACACCCGAUAAACACUCGACUACACCCGAUAAACACUCGACUACACCUGAUAAACACUCGACUACACCUGAUAAACACUCGACUACACCCGAUAAACACUCGACUACACCCGAUAAACACUCGACUACACCGGAUAAACCCUUGACUACACCCGAUAAACACUCGACUACACCUGAUAAACACUCAACUACACCUGAUAAACACUCGACUACACCUGAUAAACACUCGACUACACCUGAUAAACACUCGACUACACCUGAUAAACACUCGACUACACCCGAUAAUCACUCGACUACACCGGAUAAACACUCAACUACACCUGAUAAACACUCGACUACACCUGAUAAACACUCAACUACACCUGAUAAACACUCGACUACACCCGAUAAUCACUCGACUACACCGGAUAAACACUCAACUACACCUGAUAAACACUCGACUACACCUGAUAAACACUCAACUACACCUGAUAAACACUCGACUACACCUGAUAAACACUCGACUACACCGGAUAAACACUCGACUACACCGGAUAAACACUCGACUACACCUGAUAAACACUAGACUACACCGGAUAAACACUCGACUACACCGGAUAAACACUCGACUACACAUAAUAAACACUCGACUACACCGGAUAAACACGCGACUACACCGUAUAAACACUCGACUACACCGGAUAAACACUCGACUACACCUGAUAAACACUAGACUACACCGUAUAAACACUCGACUACACCGGAUAAACACUCGACUACACCCGAUAAUCACUUGACUACACCGGAUAAUCACUCGACUACACCUGAUAAACACUCGACUACACCUGAUAAACACUCGACUACACCUGAUAAACACUCGACUACACCCGAUAAACACUCGACUACACCGGAUAAACACUCCACUACACUCACUGUAUGUCCACCUGUUCUGAUUCCUCUAUAUGUGUGUGUGUGUGUAUGUGUUCACCUGUAUUGAUUCCCUUAUGUGUGUGUGUUUGCCUGUACUGAUUCCUCUGUGUGUGUGUGUGUGUGUUAGCCUGUAUUUAUUACUGUUCGUGUGUGUGUGUGUGUGUGUGUGUGGUGUGCGUAUAUGUGUUCACCUGUACUGAUUCACUUAUAUGAGUGUGUUUGCAUGUUCUAAAUCCUCUUUGUGUGUUUGUGUGUUAGUAUGCCUGUACUGAUUCCUCUGUGUGUGUUGUGUGUGUGUGUGUGUGUGUACGUGUUUGCCUGUACUGAUUACUCUGUGUGUGUGUGUGUGUGUGUGUGUGUGUGUGUGUGUGUGUGUGUGUGAGUGUAAGUGUGUGAUUCUGCAGAGACAGCACAGUCACUCAGUGUAGUCUGCUAUAGCGGGUCUCUACAUUAACAGGACACUGGAGGACACUGCUGCAGGAGAGACACCAGCGUACUGUCUACAUCUCAGUGUGUGUGUGUAUGUGUGUAUGUGUGUGUGUGUGUGUGUGUGUGUGUGUAUUUGUGUGUGUGUGUGUAUGUGUGUGUGUGUGUGUGAGUAAUGGAGACUGAUUGAUUGAUAUUCAGACAUGUGACAGUGAAGGUGUGUGUGAUGGACAGACUGGAGGAACAACAGCACAACAUUGAGUUAUGAAUCAUUUAUAUGGAUCGUCACGCCUCAGCACACACACACACUCGGCCCUCUGCGGCGUCAGGGCAGGAGGCCAGUUUCAGGUUGAGAGUGAA